CUCCCACUUACUCCUCCCGCUCGUCCUCCCGUUCAUCCUCUUCCAAUCCCCUUCAGCCCCGCCCUCCCCCUCCCCCGUCCCCUCCCUCUACGCGCUCAACCCGGAGUCCUGGUGACCCGAGGAGACGCGACAUGUCUACCUCAACCCCGCCCCUCACAGUCGACACCAAUGUGUCUCGCCAUCCCUCCCAUCCCUCAGCCAUAAUCCAAGUCCCAACAUCCUGGGACUCGUCCGACUCGCAGUCAUGUCCCUCCAUGGAACUGCGAAGAGAUUCUGAUUCACUCGAGCUGUCCCCCAAAAACAUGUCCUCGUCCUCACUGAGAGCACCCCUUGACAUUCCCCUCCCUCAACCCGAACCACCACUACUCUCUGCAACUUCUUCAUCGUCCGAAUCGAGGGGCUUUGGAUGGCCACCCGAGUCCACCGCUGCGCCCAGGCCAGAUCCCUUCUACACAGCUACGAGCUUCGCGGAAGAUCCGUUCGGUCGGUCAAGUUCGAGCAGCUCUGGCGACGACUGUGAUCCCCGAGUACCUGUGAUGCGACCACAACCAACACCACUCAACUGGCCUGUCCCAGAUAAGCCACCUCCCCUCGGAUCCAUCAAUCGCAGUUUCUCAUCGUCCAAAGGAGUGAGCGGCUUGUUACAGCCUCGAGCUGCCCGCAACCCGGACCCAUACAGCUCAAUCUCGUCAGAGCUCGUUGACUCAUUGCAAACCGCCAUCCAGACACUGAUAUAUGUCUCUCCUCCACACCUUCUCGACAGCGCCAAGGAGCAGUAUUCGGGCUGCGCAAUCCAGGUCCCAGCUACCUCUGUAUCGGCGCUUCUGACAUCGCUGCGCGGGCUCAACUACUUGUCGGCCAACCUCGUACCCAUCUGCGGGGGACAGGGAGGGCCUGUACGAUUCAUGGAAGAUUUUGACAUUGGCGAGCUGCUGCAGAACGUCGCCGACCAGCUGAGCAGCGAGGCGGCCCAGGCUGAGGUCGAUCUCGUCCUCUUCCAUGGCGACGUGGGCAUGAAGCAUGUUAAUAUGCACGGCGAUCGCAGUGGCAUCGCCUUCGUGUACGGACAUGUCCUUCGCCAGAUCCUCAGCGUUUGCGGGAAAGGUGACACGCUUGAGCUGGGCCUUCAGAUAAUACCACAGUCCGGCGUGGCGCCGCGCGGCUCCGUUCCGAACAUUCACCGGGACUUGGAACGGUACAAAAGACGAAAUUCGAGCCUGACGUCCCUCGACGACCAGCACGGACCAUUCAUGUGUGUCUUUGAGAUUGUGCACAACGUGGCGCAGCACAUGGACUCGAACGCCGCGACACCCAAGGCAGAACUAAACCCCUUCACACGUUUAGCCGAGCAGAAGGAGGCCGCGACACCCAACUUGGACACGCAGUUGACACACCGCUUGCUGCGGCAGGUGAACGCGUGGCUCAAGACCGAUGCGGUGCCUUCGUCGCCCAGCAGCUUUGGCCAGCCUCGGCACGCGUACGAGCUCUACGCUGUGCUCAACAAGGGUGUGCCGAUUGAAGAGCCACCACAACUCACCGCUGAGGAGGAGGGCGGUCGUCAGCCGUUCCCUAACCUCACACUGCCUCCAGAGCCAACGCUGGGCGAGCUGGCAGAGUUCGCUGACACGCUCCGUGGGAAGAAGGUCAACCUCCACGCGAGCUUGGCAAGCGUGUUCGCCAGACAUCUUACCAGCUACCUUACCGCCUGGGGCCUCGAUGUCUCGCACAUACCCAUUGAGGAGGAGCCUCCUCAUGUCCCACCACCGACCGAGAUAUCGUCUCCAAGCUCACGCUUUGUCAUCAUCGACGAGGACGUGUCUGUGCUCAAGCGCGAGCUGGGCAAGUUGAGGCCGGAGAGCACACCAUCGCUGCUCCGGAACAAGUCGACUAGGCGGCCGAACCUCAUACGCAGUUCACGCUCAGCCAUGCUGGUGCGACAGUCGCCCAACACGGUCGUGAUUCAUUUUACCGGCCUGGACAAGUACCACCAGGUGCGCGAUGUGGUAGCAUCGUUGGGCAGCCUGAGCAACCUCGAGGUGAUUGUUGUGCCGAAGCCCGUUGGGCCGCGCCGCUUCCUCACCGCACUCUACACGGCUGUGCGACAGCCUGCGGUAGACCCCUCGUUCUCGCCCAUCGCCACCAGCCCACGGUCGCCUCAGAUUACCUCUGGUAAUCGUACGCCAACGGGCGUUAUGCAAGAGGGGUUCUUCGACGCGGUCGACACGACCUUGAUGCACAGUGAGCCGAGCAUCCUGAAGGCACGGUCCCCGUUGGGCGAGUUCCCACCCGCGCAGCCGCGAGCCAUCUCGAGCGAUCCGAUGCGAUUGUCGACCAGCAACAAUGAUGACCUGGUUACCACUCCAGCCUCAGAGUAUUUCUCGCGGCCGUCCGUGAAUCGUUCGGGGGCGUCUGGAGUCGUUCUUCAGAGCCCUGAGGGCUACCCCAUUGGGAUGUACUUCGAACCGCCAUCCAGCCUGAACCUGGCGAUACUGGGAAAUCGAUCGGACAGUCUACCACGGCGCCCAGCGUCCAGCCGACAAGCGACGGGCGAAACCGACCCCGUCAGCAUGACCCCGCCAAGUGAGUCGCCAAGUAGCAGGAGGUUGUCAGCAGUCUCUGCCGUCAGCGACGUUGUUGAGCAGCCCGAGCACGUGACGCCACCGAGCAACAUGCCGCCACCGCCGGUGCCGCAGAGACGCAAAACACUGCCGACCCCGCCGGAUAUAAAGCCUAUGAUUGUGCAGGGUAGGAAUCGGUCGUCCACCAUAACGCGACGCCAUACGGCGGCGAGCGAGCCGCCACCCGUUAGACCGCUCGCAGGCAUCGCGGAGGCAGCCAAGUCGACAUCAAAGUUGGCCAAGAGCUCGGACGUUGUCAUACCUCCCAUCAAUGUCCUCAUCGUCGAGGACAACCCUAUCAACCAGAACAUUCUGUCCAUGUUCUUCAAGCGUAAGAAGAUCAAGCACCAGACGGCCAAGGAUGGCCAGGAGGCGGUCGAAAAGUGGCGCACCGGGGGGUUCCAUCUUAUCUUGAUGGACAUUCAGCUGCCCGUGAUGGACGGCAUUGAGGCGACUAAGCGGAUCCGCAAGCUGGAGAAGAGCAACAACAUUGGCGUGUUUCCUAGUACGCCGAUGGGUGACAGCUCGCGCCCAGAUGAUCCAGUCGACAUUGGCGUGCCGCCACCCUCGCCCUUCCGCUCGUCUGUCAUCAUCGUCGCGCUCACCGCCUCGUCGCUGCAGACUGACCGAGUGGCUGCGCUUGCAGCCGGAUGCAACGACUUCCUGACCAAGCCUGUGUCGCUCAAAUGGCUCGAGAAGAAGACGGUCGAGUGGGGCUGUAUGCAGGCUCUUAUAGACUUCGACGGCUGGCGAAGGUGGAAGAGCUCAGAGCCGUCUGAGACGAAGCGCGCAUUCCAAACCGGUCCUCAGGCUGCCGCGCGCACCGUCGCAAACCGUCUGCGCUUGGACCCGAGCCGGACGCGCGCUGGCGCCAAGGCCAUCAAGGAUGCCGAGAACCCGAAGCCGAAGCCCGAGGGCAAGGCCAAGUCGCCUGAGCCCGCCAAAUCGCCGGGGGUGAAGUCGCCCGCGAGCAAGCCAGCGCCGCUGGACACCGUCAGACUCAAGGAUGAGGAGAACAAAGACCGGAGCAGGGAGAAGCCCCUGCCCGCGCUGCCGUCCGAGUAACUGUUGCCACACUGUAGUUCUAUUGCAUGCAUCGGGGUCUCUGUCUA